AAGAGGAGAGAGAGCAAAAGAGAGAGAGAGACUCUCAGAAACAAAACGAGCAAGUGAGAGUGACACAGUGACGUACAGUUGGUUUUCAAUAAGGAAAUUGAAGACAUGUUGCAUCUGGAGUACUUUUGAAGACACAAGCCGGGGGACAAGUUCAAGCAGUGGGUAUGAACUCACAGACCAGGCCCUACAGUGGGAGGAGAGGAGAGUGAAAACAGCUUCAGUAAAGCUGAUCUGCAUUAUCAGGAUGGGCUGCAGUUGCAGUGGCCAGAAACAAGUAAAAGAUGACAAGUUGUACAAAGGAAAACACAACUCUCAGGACUCCAGCUUGUCAAAUCACAUAGCACGAAGUGGAAACACCAAUUUGGAUAACGAUGAUGUUGUGUUUGUGGCACAACAUGACUUCAAAGCAACCAACGACAGAGAUCUGCCUUUCAAAAAGGGAGACAAACUUCAGGUUUUACAGGAAAACGGAGAAUGGUGGGUGGCUAAAUUGUUGGCGACUGGACAGGAGGGCUUUAUACCAUGUAAUUAUGUAGUCAGAGCAGAUACACUGGACAUGGAAAAAUGGUUUUUCAGGGACAUGAGUAGGAGAGAGACUGAACGACUGCUUUUAGCCCCUGGAAAUAAACCGGGUGCCUUUCUAGUUCGAGAGAGUGAGACCUGUAAAGGGUCCUUCUCACUGUCAGUAAGAGAUUAUGUACCAGAACAUGGAGAUGUGGUAAAACACUACAAGAUCCGCUGUCUGGACAAAGGUGGCUACUACAUCUCCCCCUCCAACGCGUUCCCAUCCCUACAGGAACUGGUCAAAUACUACACCUGUACAGCAGAUGGUUUGUGUCAGCGGCUGUAUGCCCCCUGUAAGGCUAAGGCACCCGAGCAGCAGUGGGCACACGACGAAUGGGAGAUUCCCAGAGACACCCUGAAAAUGGUGAAGAAGCUGGGGGCCGGGCAGUUUGGAGAAGUGUGGAUGGGUUAUUAUAAGAACACCCAGAAGGUUGCUAUUAAGACCCUAAAGGAGGGAACGAUGGAGCCUGAGGCCUUCCUGCAGGAGGCCAACCUGAUGAAGCAGCUGCAGCAUGAACGACUGGUGCGCCUCCAUGCUGUGGUCACUAUUGAGCCCAUUCUUAUUGUCACUGAGUUCAUGAUCAAUGGGUGUCUUCUGGACUAUCUGAAGUCAGACGAAGGGAAACAGCUAAAGCUAAAUAAGCUGAUAGACAUGUCAGCGCAGAUAGCUGAAGGCAUGGCAUACAUUGAGAAGAAGAACUACAUCCACCGAGACGUGCGUGCAGCCAACAUUUUGGUCAGUGACAGCCUGCACUGCAAGAUAGCAGAUUUUGGCCUGGCCAGGAUCAUCGAGUCAGAAUACACAGCUCAAGAAGGCGCUAAAUUUCCCAUCAAAUGGACGGCUCCAGAGGCCAUCAAUUAUGGCACAUUCAGCAUCAAAUCGGAUGUGUGGUCCUUUGGGAUUCUCCUCACAGAGAUAAUCACCUAUGGUAGAAUACCAUACCCAGGGAUGACCAACCCAGAGGUGAUCAGGAGCCUGGACAAGUCGUACAGGAUGCCGUGUCCGGACGGCUGUCCCGCGGAACUCUAUGACAUUAUGAGUAUGUGCUGGAAACAGAGGCCUGAGGACCGGCCGACUUUCGAAUUUCUGCAAAACACUCUCAACGACUUCUUUAUCGCCACAGAGGGACAAUAUGAGAUGCAGCCAUGAUUAAAGAAAAUGUUUCCUGUUGAUAAGCAGAAGACAGCAAGAUGUCCUAAAGACGUGAAAUGAGACUUGAAUGGAUAGAGGAUGAGGACCAACCAGACAUCUUUUUUUUUAACUGAUACAAUUUCUUUUUUUUAAACAUUUCAAAUGGACACAUUUAUUUUACACCUACCUUCUAAGUGAAUGUAAAAGCUAGUCAUGGCUUCUUCCGUCUCUAGCAGCUAAGAGUGUCUGAAACAUGUUAACGUCAGAAAAGAAAGGAAAUGUUUUAUUAUAUCGACUGUACUUCUGCUUUUGAUGGCUUCCAUUCUUGCCAUGGAGUAUGAGGAGACAUUAUUAGGACUGAUAUAUGAUGGUUAAAAGAAGGAAUAUGGAAAUACAAAUACAGUACAUGCAUGAUGUAUAAAAGGCCUUUGGAGCCGAGGAAGUCGGCACAGGUAGACUUACAGAUGAAACAUUUGCAUGGUGCAGAUACGAGAAGCCUGAGAUUACAUGCACAAUACUUUGCACUUUUUUUUAUUUUAUUCCUUAAGUUGUUCAUACAUAAAAAAGAAAGGGGCUUUCUAAAGAGAAUUUAUACUUGGAUACAUGUUUUUGUAAAUACAAAUAUUUACAUUAUUUAGAAUGUUUGGUUUGUUCAUGUAUUUCCUUUGACUUGGUUUAAUUAAAGUGUCCCAAAACAUUC